CCUAAUUGAAGAGCCGCUGAUAAAAGUAAAGGUAUUCCGAAAAUGUUUACCAGCGCAACCAGAAAUGAGUUGCUGGUAUUAUUCUCCGAAUAACAGAUUAAUGAACCGAAUUGAUGAUGAAUCCAUGAGUUAAAAGAAGCAGAUUAAAGAAGAAACAAGAACAAAAAAAAACAACAUCAAAAAUGCGUCACAGCAGAAAUAGAGGCAACAACAAUGUUGUCACAGACCUUAUGGAUGAGGACAUUAGUUUUCCAAUGGCUCGCCUCUUUGACCGGUUUAAUCUGGAUCAUAUUCCUGAGAAGAAACGUAUGGAAGAGUUUGAACACAGGGAUUUGGCACAUGUUAAACACUACAAAGCUGCUGUGAAAAUUUUUGGAGGCCCGCUUAGUCGUAAAAGAGUGAUGGUAGCGCCACCAAUGGAAUUGCCUAUCAAACAUAGACUUGGUUUAUAUGCAGAUAGAAAAACUCCGCCGCCAGCACCAAAAUUAAACAAUGAGCUCAAACCACAACCUCCGUUAGUCAAACCAGAACCAGAAGAAUUAGUUUUGGCUAGAGAAGCUCGUGAACGAGAGGAUAAAUAUAAAUCAUGGUUUAAAGAGAGACAAAAAUUCAGAAAUGACUUAGAGAAUAUGGGCCUCAAUUCUGAUUGGUUAUCUAACAAACCCAACAAGACUGUUCUAGAAAAACGUGUUUUGAAACAACUUAAAGAAAUGGAAGGUAAAGAAAUUACUGAAGAAGAGGAAAUUACAGAAACACCAGACUUGAUCCCUCGCGAGUAUACGCCCGACUCGGAAUCCAGUAUUUUACCACAUUUAAAGAUACCAGCUCCUCUUGGUCUUAAGAUACUUGAUGAUCAUCUAAAGCAGAAAAAACUUCGUCUGAUUGAUUUGUUCACAUCUACAGAUAAAAAUAAAGACUGGAGAAUAUCUAGAGAUGAAUUCAUCAAAAGCUGUGAAGAGAGAAACAUUCCAAUAUCCCGAGGUCUUCUUGAAGAUAUGCUUAUCUCACUUGAUAUGAACCUUGAUGAGGAGUUAGACUAUAAAGAAAUGGCGCGAGGAAUGAAAGUGGCUAGACAAGAAAAAAGAGAAGAUAGACGAAAGGAAAUUUCUCGAGAAUCAUCAAGUUUGUCAUUCAGAUCAGGCUCAAGGCAGGGAAGUGCUAACGAUAUUAAAGCUGAAGUUAUUGUUAAAAGCAGGUCUGCAUCAAGCAGUAAAUCUAACUCAGCAAAAUUAUCAAACAAACAAAAAGAUACAAAAGAUUCCAGUAAAAGUCAAGUCUCUAAUACAAGUUCUAUCCCAGUUAUUAAAGACACUGAUACUAGUAAUUCAACAAAAUCACGAAAACCUUCUGAUAAAAUGGACCAGUCUGAUAAAUCCACAAAUAAAUCUUUUGGUUCAAAGAUCUCAAAACAGGAUAACCAGUCUGUGAUAUCAGGAGGAAGUAAAGGUGUAAAAUCUGAUUCUGACAAGGGCGUGUCUCGACCGAGAUCUGAAAAAACUAGUUCACCGUACUUGGAGCCGCCCCUUAUUGAUAAGGAACCAGAUCGUAUGAUACUAGGAUCAGAUGAGGCGAUGUUAGAUUUACGAAAACAUGAUAGAGAGGCACUGAAAGGUUAUAAUGCCAAGAUUGAAGGUGUACCACCGACAAUAUUGACAGGAAAUAAGGCAAUAGAUGACCACUGUAUGCAGUCUACACUGAUUGGUGAUGUUGGAGAAAUGACAAAUAAGUUCCGUCAGAAACGACUUCAAGAAUACUUUCAGAUUACUAAACUUUGUCAGGAUAACGAUGUUGUCCUGUCAAAACAACUUCUUGAGAAAGUUUUACUGUAUCCUGGUGAUAAACCACAUGGUGAUUUACGUAAAUUGAGACAUCCAGACUCGGCACCACUUGUGUCCUCUCACUUUGCUGAUCCACCAAAAAGACCAAGAACUCCAAUAGAGGUAAAGCACAGAGACAAAGUUCGGAGGUCAAAGAGCGGUAAACUUCUGAUUGACAGUAGACAUAAAUAUCCUAUGAGUAAAAACGUGUCUGCAGAUGCUUACAAACAAAACUUGUCAACUGGACGUGCUGUUAUUAGAAGAAGAGUGGACUGCUGGAUGACUUUCGAGCAAUAUGAGAAACUAACCAAACAUCUUGCAAUUAGAUACCAGCAUUUACAUGGCAGUACAAACGAGAAUGCAUUCUGGCCUGGACACCUGCUGGACAAAGUUCGAUUAUGUAUGCCUCCAUUUGACCAACCAGGAAUCAGGGACAAAGAGUCAUCUAUUUAUAGACGUGUACAUAGGACACCUGCCGUUAACUAUGGUUACGAGCCAAUGGACGUCUGGCAGACAAAUGACUCCAUGUAUACUCAAAUAGGAAUUCAUGACCAUUUUAGAAAUAAAACAAUAAUAUAAUUGUUCAGUAUUAUGUGCUGAUUGUUUUUAUACCUUGAUAAGAAUACAGGAAUGGUUUAGACAGAAACUGAAUCCUUACUUCAAAUUGUUUUUGGUUUUUUUUACUUUCUUUUUAUAGCCAAAAAAAAUGAUUCAGGAAGUCUUAACAUUCAAAAAAAUUAAAACCAAACAGUCAAGUGCUGAGGUACAUUUUUGUUGAUUUUUAAUUUACUUUUAUUAAAUGAACAAUUCAUGACAUUGUACAAAAUUCUGAUACAUGUACAAUAUAGAAAUAAAAUAAAAAAAUCUUAAAAAUCCUGUAUGUGGAAAUUGAGGAUGUCUCAUACAGCUAACUUAAAGUAUGUACACUUAUUUAUCCGUUUUAUUAUUUAUUAUUAUUUAUUUAACAUCCAAGAUUCUUUCACAUUUUCACAACAAAUUUUUAUAUACAAGUUUGUUAUAAAUAAGUUUAAAAAAAAAAAAAAAAAAAUUAUUUUUUCCCGGAUUUUAUAUUUAUAUACAUUAUAUUUUCAGGGUUUUUCUUGAAAAUUUCAGAUUUUUAAAGGAAGUUUAUUGAAUAUUUGUGAAAUAUUACAUUAAUUACAAAAUAUAUCCAGGGUUUAGAGAAUGUUUACUGAAUAUUUGUGAAAAUGUUUUCAGGGUUUUUAACCUUUAUAGAAUGUAUAUUGAAUAUUUGUUAAAUCAUGAAUUAUUUACAAAAUGUUUUACAGUGUACAAAGUAUAAUAUUGUAAAUUUAUAUAAAUGAUAUUUUUAACUGUAAACAUUAUUUUAAUGCUGAAAUUACUGUGAUAUAACAAAUUGUUUUAGUGCUAGCAGGAGAUGUUGAUGGUGUGUGUUACAGAGUACCACUUGUAUUUCAGGGCUGCAUUUCAUAGAAAGCCCUAUGUCUCAAAUCAGUCUUAAGACCAAAACUGUGACAAUAUUGCGAUUCAAAGAAAAUAGGACCCCUAUGAUAUGACACUUUUAAUUACUGAAUAGC